GAUUUUAGGUAACCGCAACUGCCAUGGCUUGCAGUAAAUUUGAACUGGAUCAAGAGUGUAAUUAAUGUAACGCUCGUUUUAUAAUGUUAUAACGUUUUCUCGAAGUUUAGCGCAGUCUGUAGAUAUCGUUAGUUCUUUACACAAUAUGGGUGCGAAUGGUUGUUCUUUAUGACGGGGUAAAGUCUAGUUAGAGGUUGGCUUAAAACGUUUCUUAUUUCCAGACGGUACUGAGGUAGUUGCAUUUCUGUGUUCAACUUGUUUCUGACUACAUUGUUAACGAUGAAGUUGAUCAUCCUCGACGAUUAUGACCAAACCAGUGAAUGGGCUGCGAAAUACAUCAAGAAAAGAAUCAUAAACUUUAAGCCCGGUCCAAACAAGCACUUCACGUUAGGACUUCCAACAGGAGGUACACCUCUGGGAUGUUACAAGAAACUAAUUGACUUCUACAAGAAAGGGGAGGUUUCCUUUCAAUAUGUUAAAACGUUCAAUAUGGAUGAGUAUGUCGGGCUACCAAGAGACCACCGGGAAAGCUACCAUUCCUUUAUGUGGAAUAAUUUCUUUAAGCACAUUGACAUAAGAGCAGAGAACGUCCAUAUCCUGGAUGGCAAUGCACCAGACCUGCAACAAGAGUGCCAGGCUUUUGAGGACAAGAUCAAAGCUGCUGGAGGGAUUGAGCUCUUUGUUGGGGGGAUCGGACCUGAUGGCCACAUUGCUUUCAAUGAGCCUGGCUCCAGCCUUGUCUCCAGGACUAGGGUGAAGACCCUGGCAAUGGAUACCAUCUUGGCCAAUGCCCGUUUCUUUGACGGAGAUCUCUCCAAAGUGCCCAACAUGGCGCUCACUGUGGGUGUGGGGACAGUCAUGGAUGCCCGAGAGGUCAUGAUCCUCAUAACAGGAGCACACAAAGCGUUCGCCUUGUACAAAGCCAUAGAAGAAGGGGUGAACCACAUGUGGACAGUGUCUGCUUUCCAGCAGCAUCCCCAGGCGAUCUUUGUGUGUGAUGAAGAUGCCACCCAUGAGCUACGAGUCAAAACAGUGAAAUACUUCAAAGGGAUGAUGCAUGUGCACAAUAAACUGGUGGAGCCGUAGGCAAUAACCAGAUAAAGAUCAUGCAGGAAGCACAGGCAGACAUGUGGGGCCUACAUGUCUGCAUAGUUGUUAAAUAUUACCUUUUGAUUUCAAAGUUUUGACUGAUCUGUUGUUGUGAAUGUCUUUCCAUGUAUACACAAUAUUGUGCUUGUGAAUAAUGAAGAGAUGAUCUUAUCCUUAUCUUACUUUUUGUAUGUUUCAUAAUACACUCAAUAAAGAGAUUUAGCAUUGCAGAAUCACAAAA